CAUAUUUCUCGACGUAUAUCCAUUAAUAGCAAUAGUAGCGAAACUCUCUCAAUAUUUAUUUUCGGAAGUGAAUUCAUAAGCAAAACAGUUAAGAAACGACUAAAAUAAUUUAAAGCACAGUAUUUAGAGGCACAAACAAAUUAUAUUUUAAUAAAUAGUGGAUAUCAAUAUCUGCUCGUUUUGUAUUUAAAAAAAAAAAAGAGUGACCAAUGUCUAAGUAUAAUGGUCCAAGUUCAGGUAGUUUUUCACAAACACAAACCUAUAAGCUGGUAGUUGUGGGAGGCGGUGGUGUUGGAAAAUCUGCGAUCACCAUACAAUUUAUACAAAGUUAUUUUGUUACGGAUUACGAUCCAACGAUUGAGGAUUCCUACACCAAACAGUGUGUUAUCGAUGAUAUACCAGCUAAGUUAGAUAUACUCGAUACUGCCGGUCAAGAAGAAUUCAGUGCCAUGCGCGAGCAGUAUAUGCGCUCGGGUGAAGGUUUUUUAUUGGUCUUCUCUCUGAACGAUCAUUCCAGUUUUGAUGAAAUACCGAAAUUUCAAAAGCAAAUAUUACGCGUUAAAGAUCGUGACGAGUUUCCCAUGUUAAUGGUCGGAAAUAAAUGUGAUUUGGAACGCCAACGUCAGGUGUCAUUAGAGGAAGCGCAAAGUGCAAGUCGAAAUAUGAUGAUACCAUACAUUGAAUGCAGCGCCAAGCUGCGCAUAAAUGUUGAUCAAGCUUUCCACGAACUGGUACGAAUUGUACGUAAAUUUCAAAUAGCUGAACGGCCUCUCAUAGAAGAAAGCUACAAAAAGAAAAGCAAAAAAAAGUGCUGCGUACUGUAAGCUUAAAAAAAAAUUGUACUUUUUUCAAGUCCUUUAACAUCUAGUGGUUAAACCGAACGAAAUUUAACACCAAUAUAUAUUUAUAUAUAUAUAUAUAUAUAUAUACAUAUUAAACUUGUAACAUACAACACGAACCGUAAAGUUUAUAAAUUCUUUAGUUAUAUAAUAUGAGUGAGUAAUGAAGUAGGUAUAAUGGAGUCAAAAAUGACAUAAAAAAAAAAAAAAAUUAGAGUAAAUGUCGCCUAAUAAAAUUAAGCAGUAGAAAAGCAUGGAAACUACUACUGAUAAGCCGGGUCCACUUUCCCCUGGAAAAGAUAAACAACAACAAAAUUUAUUUGCAACGAGAUAAGACGAAUUUGAAAUUUAAAGCAAAACUAUGCAUGCACCUCGCCUCUUCUUCGCCAAUGUUACUAUGUGAAUAGCGUUAAUUCUCGAUGAAACCAUUCCCAAACAAACCCACGCAGGCGCCCAAAAUUAACAAAACAGUGUCUGGAGUGAUUGAUACACUCGGACGCGCCACAUUACAUAUAAUAUACAAUUUUGUUAUUCACUUUCUUCUGUUUGGUUCUCGCAAAGAAUUUGUGCAAAAAAUAUAUGUAUGUAUGUAUAUUACUUGAAUAGAG